UAUAUAUUCAACCUCUGUCGCCCUUUUCCUUUCCCUCACUCAACAUGGGAAUCAUGGAACGCCACCAAACCUUUUAUGACCACUAUUACUCACAACAACAACAAAAUGGCCUAAUUCCUCCUCAUCAUCUUCUUCAACCUCCAGAUCAUGAUGAUCUUGAUCAUGAUCAUCAACCUGCUGAUCCUUUAUACCUCUCUUCUCAGCGUAGCCUCCAGUCCGUUGCUUCCCUCACCUCUUCAAAAUCCCACCACCAAAACCAUCUCCACCAGUACUGUCUCAUCUCCAGUUUCACACCCCACAGUUCUUACGUCUCUUCCAUCGCCGUCGCCGAAAAUCUCGUCUUCACCGGCUCCUCCGACCGAGAAAUCGCCUCAUGGAAUAACCACAUCAAUAACAAUCACCACAACAACAAUAACGUUGUAUUAACGGCCGGAAAUGGCGCGGUGAAGUCGCUUGUUGUGUCAGGCGACAAGCUCUUCAGCGCGCACCAGGACCACAAAAUUCGAGUUUGGAGAAUUAGCAGCAGCAGCAGCAACAACAACAACAGCAAUAAUAACAACAAUAAUAAUAAGUACACGCGCCUCGCCACGCUCCCGACGCUGGGGGACCGCGCGGCGAAGCUCCUCAUGCCUGGGAACCACGUCACCAUCCGCCGCCACAAGAAGAGCACGUGGGUCCACCACGUGGACGCCGUCUCGGGGCUCGCGCUCUCGCCGGACGAGUCCCUCCUCUACUCGGUGUCGUGGGACCGGACCCUCAAGGUGUGGCAGACGACCGACUUCAAGUGCCUCGAGUCCGUCCACAACGCCCACGACGACGCCAUCAACGCCGUCGCCGCCUCGUCCGACGGCCACGUGUACACCGGCUCCACCGACAGUAAAAUAAAAGUUUGGAAAAGAAACUUGGGGGACAAGAAACUAUCUUUGGUGGCCACAUUGGAGAAGCACAAGUCCGGGAUUAAUGCUCUGGCGAUAAGCAGCGACGGGACGGUUUUGUACUCCGGCGCGAGUGAUAGGUCCGUUGUCGUUUGGGAAAGGAAGGACAUUGGUGAAGGGAAAAACGACAUGGUUGUUUUGGGAGCUCUAAGGGGACAUAGCAAGGCCAUUUUGUGUUUGUCCGUCGUUUCGGAUUUGGUGUGCAGUGGCUCGGCGGAUAAGACGGUGAGAGUCUGGAGAGGCGUCGAGAGGAGUUACUCUUGUUUGGCUGUCUUUGAAGGCCACACUGGUCCUGUCAAGUGUUUAACGGCUGUGAUUGAUGAUCGGAGUUGUGAUGAUGAUCAUGAUGUGUCUUGCUUGGUUUAUAGUGGUGGUUUGGACUGUGAAGUUAAGGUCUGGCAAAUAAUUGUUCCUAAUCUUCUCUAGAAGCCUUCUUUUUUUUUUUAUGAUUUUAUGU